GUUAAUGAUAGCAGUUAUGAUAACGAAAGAGAAAGCUCUAGCAUCGCCGAACCGUCGUCAGCUGCAGCGCCAUGUCCACUCCUCGCGCCCGUCGCCACAAGACUAUCGCCAGAACUAAAUGCUGGCCCGCCGCUGUCGCCGCUGCUCUCGCCCACUUGUCCGGCGGUCCAGCGUGACCUUGAGGACCACCACCACCACCAAUACGAAGAAAAUAGUCGCGGUUUUCUCCUCCAUCGACACCACCUCGCCGAUCAGCCAUCGCCACUGCAGAGAUUGCGCUCAAGGUCAUUGUCGUUUGAUCAUCCAACUACCGACAACAAUAAUAAUCAUAAUAGCAUUCAACAUCGUCGUCAACAACACAUCUCCGCACUCGACGACCUCCUCACCCAGCGACAACGACAACCUGUAAGCGCCCACCCCCCCGUCGACGCCGUUCCGUCUUCCAUGUCUUUGGCCCAGCACGUCACAUCCAUCGAAGGCAUCGACCGCGAAUCGCCACGUCUGGGCCCGCAACAACAUGCCGGCAGCAUCUCAGGCUCGUUUCGGGUCCGACCCACGCCCUCGAUCAAUUUCACGAGCCUGAAUGAUCGGGAAAGCCUGUUGUCAUCACCGCGGUUGCGGCCGCGGGAUUCCAUCUAUGGCACGCUGAAUUCUACAUCGGGCACCGUCAAGGGUGUCCGUCGGGUCAUCAGUUAUGAUGCGUUCGUUGAUCCGAGCAAGAAUGUCGUCGAUGCUAACGUUGCGGCCGUCCCGGCGUACGAGGUGUCGACGGCACGACGAACAAUGCAAGUUGUUGUCACCAUCUUGGCCUGUUGGCUGGCUUCUGGUAUCGUCUUUGGUUUCGCGGCUCUCAAGCCGAUCUUAGUGCACCAAGGAGUCUACAGCGAAUAUUGUACGGCUGAGGAACUUGGUGCUCGGGUCAGCAUUUGUCGCGACCAGGACCUGAGGUUGAAUGCUUUCUUCGCAGUUGCAUCGACGACCUGCAACAUCGCCGCCCUCCCUGCGGGCACAUUGCUUGACAAGUAUGGUGCGCGGUCCACGAUCGCUAUCGGGUCUGUCUUACUUGCCAUCGGAAGCUUCAUAAUGGCAUCGGCGUUCGCCAUGCCAGACUUUGACGGUUACAUGCUCGGAAACAUUCUGCUGGCGCUCGGCGGAUCUUUCAUCUUCGUCCCAUCGUUUGCCAUUGCGAAUGCUUUUCCCAAGCACUCCGGCACCAUCGUAGCAUUGGUGACGGGUGCUUUCGACGCAUCGGCCGCGGUCUUCUUGUUCUAUCGUCUUGCGUACGAGGCCAGCGAUGGCGCGUUCUCUCCGCAGAAGUUCUUCUAUGGAUACAUCAUCGUGCCUGUCUUGAUCUUCAUUGCGCAAUUCACGCUGAUGAACGGUGAUGGAUACACAUCGGUUCCCCAGAUCGAGGAGAAGAUGGAAUUGGUGAGGGACGCAACGAAAGAUGUCCACGAUUCCGAUGACGACCGCAGUGACAACGAGGUCAAUAAUCUCCGCGUAAGCCGUCGGGAACAGCGAGAGGACACGCUCGCGGAACUCGACAGGCUUCUCGGUGGCGCAGAGGAACGUGAAGUUCGCGAUGCGCUCGAGGACAAACGCCACGAGGUGUCUGGCGUGUGGGGUGCUCUCCACGGCCAAACCGCCUGGCAGCAGAUGCGGACGCCUUGGUUUAUCCUGAUCACGCUUCUUACCGUCUUGCAGAUGCUGCGAAUGAACUUCUUCAUCGCAACGAUUAAGUCGCAGUAUGAGUAUAUGUUGAGAUCGCCGCGGUUGGCGAAGCAGAUCAACACCUUUUUCGAUGUCGCCCUGCCUGUCGGAGGUGUUUUGGCAACACCAUUCAUCGGCUUGCUGCUGGAUCACAUGAGUACCGCCGGCAUGCUUGCCGUACUGGUGACGCUCAUCACCUCUGUCGGUGUGCUCGGCUCACUGCCGUUUCUCUGGGCAGCAUACGCCAACGUGAUCUUCUUCGUCUUGCUGCGUCCGCUGUACUACUCGGCCAUGUCUGACUACGCCACCAAGAUUUUCGGCUUCGCCACCUUCGGCAAGGUCUACGGCAUGAUCAUCUGCUUCUCCGGCGUCGUGAAUUUGUUCCAGCCGCUGAUCGAUGCCGCCAACCACGACACCUUCCACGACGAUCCCGCGCCCAUCAACAUCAUCAUGGCGGCCCUCGGAGGCCUCUUCGGCACGGUGCUGGUCAUCUUCGUGUGGCUGCAGGGUCGCCGGGCUGCCGUCGACGCCAAAGCUGCGGAGAUGGCGUUCAACGGUGAAUACAUUAUCCGGGAAACGGACGAGGAGAGCUUGUAUCUCUGAUCUGGAUAUGAUGGUUCUGGACUAGCCUCCGGUGGUGCACUGCAUCGCCCCGGGCAGGAUUCUUCUUGUCGCUUUUCUUUUCACGUCCUUUGCGGGAGCCUGCUUGUUUUCUCGAAAAUACUUGAGCGCGGCGUUCAGGGGAAAGGUUUUCUUCUUGGCUGGGGUCGUUAUCCUUGUUGGAUGUUUUUCGUAUAUGCCUUUGAUGUUGAAUAAUGACCAUGACGAACGACAGAUUGCACUUUUCCCG